AGGGCAGACAUUUGUUGUGUCAAAGAGACCAAUGAAAGGGCACGGAAGAGAGAUGAUUCAAUUGGGCCACCCCAUUGCAGAUGCACCUAUUCAAGAUGAAAUUGCAACAGAUCGGAGCAUCGAACCCAUCCCUGGCUUACUGGAGGAAGUGAUCGAACGCUUAAUUGCUAUGCAGAUUGUUACUGCAACGCCAGACUCUUGCACUAUUGACAUCUUCAAUGAGGGUGACCACUCACAACCUCACAUGUGGCCACAUUGGUAUGGAAGGCCUGUGUGUGUGCUGUUCUUGACCGAGUGUGAUGUGACUUUUGGUAAAGUAAUUGGGGCAGACUAUCCUGGGGAUUAUAGAGGCUCUUUGGAGCUUUCUCUUGCACCCGGAUCUAUGCUUGUAAUGCAAGGAAGAUCCACAGAUUUUGCCAGACAUGCACUUCCCUCGAUCCGAAAACAACGCAUACUUGUUACCUUGUCAAAGUCACAACCAAAGAAAAUCACACCUAGUGAUGUUCAGCGUUUUCCUUCACCUGCAGUAGCAUCACCCUCCCAUUGGGUCUCACCUCCUAGUAGGUCACCAAAUCAUAUACGCCAUCAUGUGGGCCCCAAGCAUUAUGGGCCAAUCCCGGCAACAGGAGUAUUGCCAGCUCCAGCUGCUCGUCCACAGUUUUCACCUACAAAUGGCAUACAGCCAAUUUUUGUUCCCACCGCAGUUGCACCAGCCUUGUCUUUUCCUGCACAAGUAGCUCUUCCACCAGCCUCAGCUGGAUGGCCUGCAGCUCCGCUAAGGCAUCCUCCACCUCGCUCACCAGUCCCUGGCACUGGAGUUUUCCUUCCUCCACCUGGUUCUGGCAAUUCGUCAACCCAAUCUUUAUUGUCUAGUACAGCAACCGGAAGCAUUUCUGUGGAGACACCAUCCCUGUCAGAAAAGGCCAAUGGUACAGGGAAACCAAAUGGUAACAACAGUGCCUCUCCAGAAGUUAAUACAAAUGGAACAGUAAAAGGGCAAGAGUGCAAUGAAAGCAUCGAUGGAACUGGCGGGGGGAAAGAUUGACGAUGAGGGAAGAGCAGCACUGAAGUGUUGAUUCAAUGACGGCUGGCAAACUGGCUGGAGCAGUUUAGAAAGAGGAAAGGGGGAGGGGGAGGGGGAGGGGGAGGGGGGGUCAGUUGUAUCCUUUUCUGAAAAGGGUAGGCUGCAAACUGCAACGAGUUUCAAGCAAACUGUAAAGAGCGGCGAAAAAUUGAGACUACACUUCUCACACAGAGGGCAGAGAGGAGUAACAAAUCAGUUCUCUUUGAAGCCCUUUGCUUUCUGUCCCCUUUUUGUUCUCUUGUUAUUUGAACUCGUAUUAGGCAAUGAACUCGUUCUCAAUUUACCUGUUAACUCAUGUUUCAUUGAAAGUUUUAAUUGGUUAAGAGGUUUUUUUUUAUAAGGUUAAGAGUUUGUAAUGAACAUUUUUUUUGGUUUCUAUGAAACUAAUUUUCCCGACAAGGUUG